AGUCAAGCCUCCUCGUUAUAUAAACACUGCACAUCCAUCUCUUUAUAAUAUACUACUACAUUGAAUUACUCAUACACCAUCCAUUUGUUCUCUUUUUCUAUUGCAGAGCAAAGAGAAAGAUCAUUAUUACAUCCCCUCCCACCUCUACAACGAGCUUCUGCAACUCGAUCAAACAAAGCAGACAUCAUGAAAACCAUUAUCAAUAUCCAACUCCUCCAGGCUUCCAUUGCAACCCUCUUAACCUUAACCUUCCUCCUUCACACCCUCAUAUCAGGCACUCCAUUAACCCAUCUCUUCCUCUUAGACAACCUUGCUAUCUCGUUAUCAUUCGCGUGGUGCCUUCUUGUUUCCAUCAUCUACUACUUCUGCACUCGUCCACGCCCUGUUCUGUUGCUGGACUACACCUGCUUUAAACCAGACUUCGACCGUAUGCUCAGCUUGGAGAGCUGCGAGUAUUUCGUACGUCGGACUCGACGCAUCAACAUGAUAAGCGAAGAAUUCAUGCGAGGUAUAUAUCGCAAAUCCGGCGUGGGUGAGCAGACCUAUGGACCCAACUUCUUAUUUCAAUCAUACGCCGAUGCCAAUUUACAGUCCGCCGUUGACGAAGCUGAGGAAGGGAUGUUCGCCGCCGUCGGUUCACUCCUCGACAAAACUCGGAUUGACCCAGAACAGAUCGACAUUGUCAUCGUCGCCUGCGGCUCCUUCGCGCUGGCUCCUUCCCUCUCGUCGAUGAUAGUGAACCAUUUCAAGCUAAGACCAGAUGUUAAGACUUUCAACCUGAGCGGAAUGGGUUGUAGCUCAGGUGUCAUGUCUGUUGACAUGGCCGCUAAGCUCCUGAACUGCAGCAGGCGUAUCAGGUACGCGCUCAUCGUAGUAACAGAGAACAUCAGCUUGAAUUGGUAUUUUGGCAAUGACCGCUCGAUGCUCGUCACCAACUGCAUCUUCCGCGUCGGUUGCGCCGCGGCGAUGAUAACCAAUGACCCGAGUCGCCGGGGAGAAGCUAAACUGGAACUCAUUAGCUCUCUGAGGACUCACCAUGGUGCCGACGACAGUGCCUACGCAGCCGCGUUUCAACAAGAAGACGAAGCGGGUAACCCCGGAGUGUCACUCAAGAAGGAUUUGAUCCGGGUUGCUGGUCUUGGCUUGCGUGAGCACAUCCGGUCACUUGCACCGAAAGUUCUGCCGGUGAGUGAACUCAUCUCGUAUGCCUACUCGGUUGUACUGUCUGCAGUAUCAGGUGGCGAGUCCAAGCCAACGGUGCCGGACUUCACGACGGCGUUCGACCACUUUUGCAUUCACACCGGAGGGAAGGCCGUGAUUCAGCAGGUGGCACGAGUGCUUCGGCUUGGCGACGAUGUGACUGAACCGGCUCGAAUGUGCUUGCACCGAUUCGGAAACACGUCCAGUAGUCUGGUGUUUUACGAGUUGGCUUAUUUUGAAGCGAAGCAGAGGGUGAAGAAAGGCGAGAAGAUGUGGAUGCUGGCGUAUGGGACGGGGUUCAAGGUGUGUAGUGUGGUGUGGAAGUCAUUAAAGGAUUCGCGUAAAGAUGACGGAAAUCCAUGGAACGAUUGCAUCCACAGAUAUCCAUUAAAGAACUGGUAAAGCAAGAUAGUAUAUUAAGACGGUGGAAAAAGAAGAUAUUAAUUAAUAAAAGUAGAAAUAAAUAAGGAAAGCCCAUAAAAGAAACUGGUAGAAGAAGAAGAAGAAGAAGAAAGAGCUUUCUGAAAUCUGAAAUAAUAAACACAAGAUGAAUAUUGUUUCAAAUCUGUAUUUAUUCUGUCAUUCAUUUCUUCCAAGGAGAAUUGUAAAGGCUUAAAGGGAUGAAAGAAGAUGAAUGUUACUUAAUUA